UAUUAUUUUUUAUUCCAGUCGCCGUUGGUGCGGACUCAGUUCAUCAUGUAAACGCUUGUCGGAAAAUUUGCAGUUAUGGAAAGAAGUAUGGAGUCUAUCCUAGGAGCACACCUACAAUUACAAUGAUGAGUACAGUUGUCAAUGAUUAAGAUCCCAACAUGGUGAAACUGACGAUAGACCUAAUUGCAAGGGGAACCUCAGGGUACACCAAGAAGAAAAGAGAUGAAUCUAUGCACCAGUAUUUAAAACGCCUCACUCAUCUGUAUUUGGAAGACAGAUGCAUUGAUGAAGUGGGUGAAGAUUUAUCUAUGUGCAGAAACUUGACAGUGUUGUACUUGUAUGAUAAUCAGUUGUUGAAGAUACCAACUCUACAUCAUAACCAGCAUCUGACCAUGUUAUACCUACAAAACAAUGACAUUCACAAGAUAGAGCACCUCUCACCUCUCAUCAGGCUUUCUAAACUAUACCUAGGAGGUAACUGUAUCACAGUGAUUGAGGGUUUAGAUAAACUGGAAAACCUCCAGGAAUUACACAUUGAGAACCAGAGGAUGCCCCCAGGAGAGAAACUUCUGUUUGAUCCACGGACAUUGCGAGCCAUAUCUAGUUCAGUGCAAGUGCUAAAUAUUGCUGGAAAUAACUUGGACAGUAUUAGAGACAUUGAAUGCUUACGCAAUUUGUAUCAGUUACAUGCAAAUGACAAUUUACUGACGGAUAUGAAAGAGCUAGCUCAUGUCAUUGGAGGCAUGUUCAGAUUGUGGAGAUUAGACCUGUUGGGGAAUCCCUUCUGUCACAAGGCAAAAUACAGAGACCGAGUCAUUGUAAUGGCAAAAAAUUUGGAUAUACUGGAUGGAAAAGAAAUUAGUGAGACCUCCAGGCGAUUCUUGCACAAUUGGCAUGAUGCCAGAGAAGUGCAGAAAAAGCGUAGAGAGGAAAACAUAAGGAAAGGGAGUGCAGAAUUUGGAGAUGGUGCAUUAUUACGGGAGUUACCCCCUGUUAAGGAUUAUCCACGUCCCCCGAACAAGAUCCCAGGAUAUAUGAUGCCAGGACUUAUGAUGAAAGGUUUACCCAGGAAGCAAUUUGAUGAAAUUCUUGCAAGAACCAACAGCAACCUUACCGAGGACACAUCGCAGAAGCACUCAGCCAAUGUGAAGACCCGCAGUGGAAUCUUACGAUCCAAACUUCCUGAUAUUUUUGGUACAUCAUUAAGUGUUGCCCUUAAGAAGGCCUCUCUCAGUGUAGACCUGGGAGCAGUGUCAAACAGAAAAGUUCUCAUAGGCUGUUCGACAGACCUUCAGAGAAUGUUACCCCUUUCACGUUCAAUGACAAGAUUGCCUCAGCACCUGUCGGGAGGCGGAGGCAGCCACUUACUAUGAGUUUUGAAUUUGGAAACUUGGAUCUAAGUCGCCAUGUUCGGAAAAAUGACGUCAUCAACCCUACAUGAACACAUUUCCCAUUGGUUGCCAUUUACAUGUCCAUAAAUUGUACACACAUUGCCAUCCACUAGAGUUAGUUUCUGUGUUCAAAGGAUGGAUUGCAAUUUAGAUUACUAGUAUAACAUUUUAUGAUGUACUAGUAUUCUAAUUUUGUGUCAUUUAUCAAUGAACCAAAAUUAUACUUUGCUCAAUUGUUCUCUUUAAUAUUAUCAUUUUAUGUGUAACUUGCUUUAAUGCGAGACUUUUAGUCUUUUUUGUCAAUAUCCCUCCUUUCACUUCCCUCCUUAAAUGAGGAGAGGGGCAUAAUAUUGCUAAGAUACACCUUUUGGUCACUAGAGCUGACCCUUUGAUAGCCAUCAAACUUUGUAGGCAGAUUGGUUUAUGACCUUUAUUACUCUUUUUGAUUCAUGGGUCAAAAGGUCAGUGGGCAAAGAGCUUUCAAGUAUGCACACACUGAUUAUUCUCGAACUUAUAACUCUAGAAUUCUUUACUUUUGAAUUUCUUCAAAUUUCGUGAGCAGGUUGGCUGAUUUUUACAUCAAUGGUCUUGAUUUCUACUUUGCAUAUACCAAUUGCUUUCUGCGCAAACUGAUCAUGACUAGUUGAUGAUCCCUACUGAUUUUGAUGGAGAGAGGUCAAAGUUUACUUACAACAUACAUAGACCUAUUGUUUUAGAAUGAUUGCUAAAGUUUGAAUUGUACACAUGAUAAAUGCUUAAUUUCAUAGUAGGCCAUGACUAGUAGAUAUUGAUAUUUUAAGUCACUGGGCUCUCUGCUUUCAAGGAAGCAUUUGCUGUUGAGACUAAUAAGCAAUGCCAAAGAACCCUAGUUUUAGGAGGGCAUGGAGGGGGAUAUUUUACAAACAUUUGUUGUUUGAUGUAGAAAAUAUGACUAGUCUUUUUCAUUAUUGAAUUAAAAACAACAUUGAAAUCAUGUACGUAUCAUUCAUUGGUGAUUUUCUAAACAUACAUGCACUUUUGCUUGUUGGAGUUGUACAUCAUGAUGUAGCAUGUACAAUAGUUGUGUAUUAUAAUCAAGGGUACUCAGUAUUUUAAAAUGUAUUUGUUUUAAGCAUCAGUAUUAGAACUAAUGGAAAUCUUAGCAUUGAGGAUAACUACAUGGCAUUGGUUCACUGUAUUUUACUUGUAAUUGUUGAUAUAUUCUUUUUGAUUAUGUAUAAAUAUAUUUCCAGUAGUUACACUUUUAUGCUGCAGUGAUACCGUCCUUGUUCCUGUGAUAUACGUGUGACACUUGUUUUUAGAUCUGAAUCUCUGUUGCCUGGCUUAUUUUCUUCCACUAUUCAUAUAUAGAUUGUUUAUUAUUUAAUGUAUGGAUGUGUAAAUGUGUUCUGAUUUUAUGCUAAUUUGAUCAGGGGAUUGUUAACAUAAGCAAUCAGUACUAAAGUACUGUCAUAGUUUAAUUUCACUUACUUUGUCUAUACUGUGAAAUUGAUGCAAAACUUACAUGCACCAUUAUGAUAUAAAUAUGCUAUUUCUGGGUACCAAAUAGUUGCUUCCCUUGGCUGAACUUUUGCAUUGGAUGAACCGCAAAACAGAUUUGUGUAAUCAUGCAGUGGGAAAACUCCCUGUAGCAAAGCCUUUCAGAUAAUGCCAUAUUGUUUGAUGACCCCUUGACCUGUCAAUGACCAUUGACCCACUUGUCUAAAAUUUCAAUAUUGCUUUCAGGUGGUGCCACAUUUGACAACUAUCACCUUGACCUCCACUCAUUGAAAACUUUGAACAAUGAAUACAGUGACAUUUAGUGGUUGUAUCCUUGAUGCAAGGUUUUUCAGGCAGUACCACAUUCACAUUUGACCUUGACAGUGAUCUAUUCAAUCAAAAAAUUAAUAUUGCUUUUCAACUUUUGAUCUAAGUGGGAAGGUUUUGACAGCCAGAGGGUAUAAUCUUUAUGACAUAUAUGGCCUUUACAAUAAUACAUGUAUGAGGAAUUUGCUACCAGAGGAUGUGCUAUAUCCAGGGGCAUUUGUUUCAGAGACAUACAGGUUCAUGAUGACUUAGUAGUUAGUGCCCUUGAGUUACCAUGAUUGGAUAGCUUAGGUAGAGUUUGUAUCUAGUGGCAUAUGAGUAUAAGAGACAAAAUCAACCAGGAUUAUAUGCAUUGUCCAUCGUUGGAACCCACAGGUUUUCUCUCCAUUACACUACAUUCAACAUUUAAUGUAGUGUAACAGAGAGAAAAUCUUUGGGUGCUGACAAUGUUGUAUGGUGCAGUUACAGGAUUGUUAAUAAUGCAUUGAUUUCUUUCAAUCUUUCCAUUCGUAUCCACUUCACACACAAUAUGUCAAUUUUGAGUGUAAAUUAUGUUUACAAUUAUGUUUCAAGAUUCGCAUGUUACAAUAGUUUGUUUCAAAUUGUUUCUUAUUUUGUAGAACCAGUCUUACUGAACAAAAAUGUUUUAAAAUAUGCACGUUUGGUAAAAGUGUUAUAUUGUAAAACAAUAUUGCUGUGGCAAAUAAUUAAAAGAAGCUACUUAUGCAAACAAA